AUGGCUUCACAACCAGCAUGUCAAGAUAUUGUUGACCGACAUUCACUCAAUGUAUUAUCUGAUACUUCAACAAACAACCGUGGAGACAAAAAGAAAGCACUGGCAUCGCUGCGAAGAGAAUGCACCGAGCAGCUGGAGACAUGGGGCGAUCAAGGCGUAACGAAUCUCUUGAACGAUCUAUUCGAUCGCAUGGCGAUCUGGGCCACGAGCGAUAUUGAAUACAUUCGAGAACAAGUAGCGUUGCUAUAUCAACAGAUGAUUCACCAUGCAACCUUAUCUUCCGAGUUACUGGAUCGUGUACUCGACCUCGUGCAUCAACGAUUGAGCCGGCAACACCUUGCAACAGCUAAAGCUGCCUUUGUUGAACCCACUGAGGAAAUCAGAGUCAUUUGGUUGGAUAUCAUGCUACACAUUGCUCCUGGUGUUAUCAACGCGACCCAAGUCGACAAAGCAUUGGAUAUUCUACAGCUUGCUAUUCGAGACACAUCACCCGACGUACAAAAAAGGGGCGGCAACACAUUGACCGAGCUUGCCAAGCAUCAUCGCAAAGAGGUAGCAUUUGCAGGAGAACGACCUAUGCGUAUGAUUUUGGAUUUAUUGCAUCACAAGCAUUCAGCUCUUCGGGUCAUUGGAUUACAGUGCACCGAACAAAUUGGGUUGGCUUUUCCUGGUGCGAUCCAUCUCUUGUUUGAACAUGAUGAAGCUGCCAAACGACAACCGAUAUUCCCUUUGCUUGUAUACGACAAUGCUCUUUUGGUACGAAUGACUUUAUCACAAGUGGCGGGCUCUCUCCUCAUCAAUGUCACCCCACAACAACGAUAUGCAAACCUGCCGAUGCUUGUUCCUAUUCUACUUUCAUGUGCAGCAGACGACAUGGAAUCCAUCAGCGAAGCAAGUAGCGUACAAAUGGAACGUGUCGCUUCCAUGUGUGCGGAUGAUUUGGACGCAGCUGGAAUCCUUGAUGCAAACCUAAAACAUGGUGAUCGAGGACGCUUAGAUGCAGGUUUUAAGCAUGCGGUGCAUCAGUGCUAUAAGCCUUUGAUGCGUCAAUCGAUCAGGGAAGCAAUGGAACUUGAAGAACAAAGACGACUCAGAGCAUUGGGUGUGCUUGCAACGCUCUAUCAACAUGCUCUUGAAGAAGAUAUCUGGUGUGAGCAUCAAGAUACUUUGGACAACCUUUUCACAAUUUAUUGCAAUGGAAUGGACGACAAGGCCGUUAUCAGCAAGCUUCGUUCUGUUCUUUCAGUACUAGGUCAGCGUAUGCCUCAAACUAUUUAUUUACAUGCGAUGAUACCACGCUUUGAGGAAGAGGAGCUGCUGCAUGCUGAAACCAUGUGCAUGGGGACAAAAGGACUUACCAUCACCUUGGACAUGUUGAAGGCUCUCGUAUCGGGACCCCCUCGUGGUGGUGAUGUAUUUCAUGGAGACGUGGAACAUGUUAUUGGAACUUUGGACAAGCCCUAUUUUUGGCAGCUAUUAUCAGAAGAUGAGGAAUUGAUUUGUGAGACUGCAAGACUACUCAAAGCGAUGGUUACUCGACAUUUGAAUCAGCUUCCUCUUGCAGAUACCAUACGGGUGCGUGUUGUGUGGUUUGCCCUUGUGCUUCGAGCAGCUUCAAGGAUACAUCAUAGCAACAAUCCAACGACGACAUCCGUACGUGAGAACGCAACUGUCACCGAUCUUGUGAAUCAGCUUAUUGGUGGUUUCACGCAACAUGUAUCAAUGGUCUCGAGCGUGUAUGGGCAUUAUUUACCAACAUUGCUGAAGCGGAUUUGUGGCCAACCUAAAGCUCACAAACGGCCGAACGCAUGGAAGACAUCAUCAGUGGAGUUAUACGUGCUGGAAAUCCUAGUGGAAUCAAUCACGGGCGACGCUUUGGAAAACGCUGGUGUCACCGAACAGCUUGUGGAAUUAGUAUGCUAUGCAGGAUUGAGAUCAACAAAGGAGCAUCAAGAACUUGGAGACAUUGCUGUUCGCAAGAGGGCAUUGCGAUUGCUAUCAUCACUUUUCCGGAUAGACAAAGGCGUGCACUAUCUUGUAGAUUACGAGCCUGAAAUUUUUGAGCAUUUGUUGACCCCUGGAUUACGAAGCGCCCGAUUGCCAGGAAAUAGCCUGAGUGCGUAUCAUGUCGAACUUCUUGGUGCAAUUGCAGCUGGGAUUGAAGAGGACAUUAUCAGUAUCGAUGCCAUCAAGACACUCGUUAUCCCAUACAUCAGCGACUUUUUCUCGAGCAAUGAACCCGUAUUAAACGCGGCAAUGCACUUGCAAAUCUAUGCAUCGGAACGGUUACUGCUUGACAACCAGCGAGAUAUGGCCCAAGAAUUACUAUUGCCGCUGCUGGAUACUUUGCGUGAAACAAGCGAUGAAAAAGCACUUCAUAGACAACGUGUUCUGAUUCGGAUUUCGGAUGACCAAAAGUUCAUUGAUAUGAUCCACCAUAUGAAUAUCGCAGAUCUUGUGAAGGGCCAUACGCGUCAUUUGCUGAGCAAUGCAAAAAAGGAAAACCCUGCAUACCCAACGCUACUUCGUCUAGCAGGAGAUCAAGAUAUGGAUUAG